UGUUCUUUGAUUGGUCAAUUGAGUUAAAUUUAUCAAAAUUAAAAUAAUUUAUUUCUGUCAUGGACGAAUAAUAAGUUUUGGGGGCGUUAUAUAUCUUUAAGAAUACAUAUUUGUAGAACAUUAAUAAAAAUGACACUGUAUUAUAAUUAACAUCAAAAUAUAUUAAAAUGGCUCAAUCUACCUUCAGCACUGUAGACGAAUAUGGAUUUGAACGACAUGAGGACUUUGAUUAUGAGAGUUAUGAGCACUUUAUGUCCGUUUACUUGAAGGUACUUGCCUCUCGCGCACAAAAAUGGGCUACAUUACUCGGCGAAGGAAAGUCGGUCAAACGAACAAACACAGUUAAAAGAUAUGUUCGCAAAGGAAUACCUAGUGAACAUCGGCCAUCAGUAUGGAUGGCAAUAUCAGAAGCGGAACAAAUGAAGGAUCAGUGCCCUGAUCUGUACCAAAAAAUACUGGAUGGUCCUUUUGAAAAGGAACUUGUGGAUCUUGUGAAGACAGAUUUGCCGCGCACAUUUCCUGACAACAUCUACUUCACCAAGGAAGCCAAUCAUCAGACACAUUUAUUCAAUGUCCUUAUUGCAUAUGCGCACAACAACAGGGUUGUUGGUUAUUGUCAAGGACUCAACUAUAUUGCAGGUUUACUUCUAUUAGCUACUAAAAGUGAAGAAACAUCAUUUUGGUUACUGAAAGUGCUUGUGGAAAAGAUUCUGCCUGAUUAUUAUACUAAAACUAUGGACGGCCUGAUAGUUGACAUUGAAGUAUUAUCAGAACUUGUCAAAUCUAAAGCCCCUGAUGUACAUCAACAUGUGAUAAACUUGGGUUUACCAUGGGCUGUUAUAACAACCAAAUGGUUUGUUUGUCUUUUUGCUGAGGUAUUGCCGAUAGAAACAGUUCUACGAAUUUGGGAUUGUCUAUUUUAUGAAGGCUCUAAAAUUCUGUUUAGAGUUUGUAUAACAUUGAUAAAAAAUAAUCGUGCUUUAAUAUUAUCAUGCAAUGACUUCACUUCUCUAGCGGAAUGCUUCAAGGCUAUAGUGAAAAAUGCAAGUGCAUUGCAUUGUCAUGAAUUUAUGCAGUCUAUUUUCAAAGUACCCGGAACAUUGUCUAAUUCAACAAUAAUAAAGCUGAGAGCGCGUUUUGCGAAGCAGCGUCGGGAACAACAACAAAAGGAACCACCUCGGUGAAUCAACCAAUGAGAACAAGGAACUUUUGAUCUCACUAUAUUCAAAAGAUUACCAAAUUUAAAGUAUGCAACUAACAACUACUUACAUAGCUUUAAUAUCUUCUUAAUCCUGUUUAAAUAA